AUGACGUCCAUUUUCGACCAGUCGGUGUCGUCGCUCGAAUUUCUCGUCAUCGCCAUUGCCUCCAUUGGCAACGUCGCUCUGAUUGUCGUCAUGCUGAAGAAGAAGAUAGUCCAGAGACGGCCUUUUGAGACAUGUCUUUUCUCCAUGGCGUUUUCCGACUUGAUGUUUGUUCUCACGACAGCUUUGCCCUUCUCUCUAUACAAGUUGCUGGGAACAUGGAGCCUCGGUGUCCAUAUUUGUCAGGUGCACCUUGUAGGAAGGGCUGUUUUUGAGAGGAUAUCACUCUGCACCAUAGGAUUUAUUGGUAUUGAGAGUUUUCGAGCUCUUGGAAACGUUAACGGGCAGGCGUUCAGCAUGGGUACAACUCGCGCCUUCAUCGUCUGUGUGUGGGGCUUCACGCUGGCCUCGGGCUGCCCUUACGCUGCCUGGUACGUCUUGACAGACAACCCAGACGGAUCUAAAAAAUGUCAUGUCAUCUUCUUCAACUCCGUCACACUUGCCUACACAGUCGUCAUGAGGACGUUGUUCGUCAUCCCUGUCGUCAUCGUGAUCAUCUGCUACACUGGAGUCAUAUGUCGUACAGUCAAGUCCCACAGAAGGCGAAGUCCAACAAGAGGGUAUGUUUGCAAGUGUUGCUGUCUGGUGCAGUGA